CUCAACGGCUACAAUGAGCAGUCUCUUCCGCCCAAUCCUUUCCUUCCACCAAACCAGAACGCACGAUAUCCUCGCCGCCGGCAACCUCGGCGAUGCAGUGCCGCGUCUAAAAGCCAGCGGCACAACCUCGAAAGGGAAACCCGUAAGGAAACAAGACGACUACCACUCCACCCUUAAAGCCCUCAACUCCAAAGGCCGUUUUCCAAGAAAAUCUCUCGGCCAGCACUAUAUGGUAAAUGGGUCGGUGAAUGAGGAGCUAGUGGCGGCUGCUAAUGUGAAACAAGGUGAUGUAGUGUUAGAAAUUGGGCCAGGAACUGGUUCUUUAACUAAUGCGCUAGUGGAAGCUGGUGCAACUGUUCUAGCUAUCGAAAAGGAUCCUUAUAUGGCAUCACUAGUGAGGGAACGCUUCGACGGAUUAGGAUGUGUGAAGGUUGUGGAAGAGGAUUUUACAAGAUCCCAUAUACGAUCUCAUAUGUCCUCAUUCUUGUCAGCUAAAGACCCAGCACAUGGAAAUUCAUCUAUGGCUAAGGUGGUAGCGAACAUACCUUUCAACAUAAGCACUGAUGUGGUGAAACAACUUCUUCCAAUGGGAGACAUCUUCUCGGAAGUGGUGCUUUUAAUUCAGGAAGAAGCAGCACAACGUUUUGUGGAUUCCUCGUUGAAAUCAUCCGAGCAUCGACCCAUUAAUGUUUUCGUGAACUUCUAUUCAGAUCCUGAAUACAAGCUUAAGGUGCCAAGAUCAAAUUUCUUCCCCCAGCCUAAGGUGGAUGCCGCUGUGGUCGCAUUUAAACUGAAAAAACCCGCGGACUAUCCCAACGUUUCAUCCCUCAAGAGCUUCUUUUCAAUGGUGAAUUCUGCAUUCAAUGGAAAGCGUAAAAUGCUGAGAAAAUCUCUUCACCACAUUUGCCCUUCAACUGAUAUUGAAGCUGCUCUAUCUGCUCUCAAUCUCCCCCCUACUUCAAGACCCGAAGAGCUCACGUUAGAGAAUUUUGUGAAACUCCACAAUUCGAUAGAUAGAUAUGUAAAUAAAAUCACAAUUGUGGAGUAAUUGAAUUUCACAAGACGAUUUAGAAUAAAUAAAAUGGAAAAAGAGAGAAUUUUUCAAGCGUGAAACUGGUGAAUCAAUUCAAGAGCGCGCAGCUUAGUAAUUAAAGGAUCAAACACCUCCGGCGCCGCGUCGGCCUCAUCCUCGAAGCUCCGCCGCCGCUGCUGCUCUGCGGAAGGCGAGAGGCGGCGCUUGGGCCUCUUGUUCUGUAUAAAACACUCUUUCAUCCGCCACGCCACCUUCUCGACGGCGGCUCGCGAGCUCUGCUCCUCGUCCUCGUCCUCCAUCUGCAUGGGCUCGCCGGCGGCGGAGGAGACGGAAUUCUCCGGCGGCGGAGAGAGGAAGAGGGAGAGGCGGUGGCGGGCCGCGUGGAGCGCAGCGUGGAUUUGGAGGAGUUGGGAUGGAUCGGCAGCGGAUGGGAGCCGCUUCGCCAUUAGGGCUGCGUGUUCUAGAACUGCGGCGAGCUCCGGCGGCGGCGCCUCCGCUUCUGUUUCGACCUCCAUUGUGGGCGAUUCUAAUUGAGACACUGAUUUUGAUUUGCUAAAUUCUUUUCCAUGUUUCAGAUAUUAUUCGUUGAUUAGCUAGAUUAUCACAUUUUCAUUUUUUAUUUGAAAUCAA